GGGACGGUCGAUAGGCAGUCGCGCGCGAACUUCCAGCAGUGUCAGUGCCAGUGGACUGGGCAUGUUCUGUGAUUCGUAGGCCGUUAAAGGUUACUGAAAUGUCAGGGAGACAGGGACUACAUCGGGUUUGCUACACUUCCGGAGCAGGUCCACCGGAAGUCCGUCAAGCGCGGAUUCGACUUCACGUUGAUGGUGGUGGGUGAGGCGGGCCUGGGGAAGUCAACACUGGUCAACAGCCUCUUCCUCAGCGAUCUCUACAAGGACCGCACCAUCUCUACUGCCAGUGACAGGAUAAACAAGACGACAUCGAUAGAGAAGAAGAGUAUGGAUAUUGAGGAGAGAGGAGUGAAGCUGAGGCUAACCGUGGUGGAUACUCCAGGGUUUGGCGAUGCAGUGAAUUGUGAGGACAGUUGGAGAGCUUGCUGCAACUAUAUAGACGACCAGUUCCGUCAGUACUUCAACGACGAGAGUGGCCUCAACCGCAAAAACAUCCAAGACAACCGUGUUCAUUGCUGCCUUUACUUCAUCCCUCCAUAUGGCCAUGGGCUACGACAAAUAGACCUAGAAUUGAUGCGCCGACUACACUCCAAGGUCAACAUAGUUCCGGUGAUAGCCAAAGCUGACACCUUGACGGCGGCAGAGGUCAAGAGACUGAAGCAACGGAUACUGCAGGACAUAGAGGAGAACCAGAUACAGAUAUACCAGUUUCCAGAGUGUGAUAGUGAUGAGGAUGAGGAGUUCAAGCAACAGGACAGAGAGCUGAAGGCCUGUGUGCCAUUCGCGGUGGUGGGCAGUAACACUGUGAUAGAGGUUGGAGGCUGCAAGGUGAGAGGUCGGCAGUACCCCUGGGGCGUUGUUGAAGUUGAAAACCCAAAGCACAGUGACUUCAGUAAGCUAAGGAACAUGUUGAUUACAACACAUAUGCAGGACCUGAAGGACAUCACUGAGGACGUCCACUACGAGAACUUCCGGGCGCAGUGUAUCUCCCAGAUCUCUCAGGCCAGCAGGGAGAGAGGGAAAUUAAAAAGAGACUCGGGCCCAGCUUUGGAAGGAGUAAUCACAGAAACUGAUCGUCUUCUCCUUCAAAAAGAUGAGGAGAUCCGACGAAUGCAGGACAUGCUCACCCAGAUGCAGGAGAAGCUGAAAGCAACAGCGUCGAGAGACAGCAUCGUCAACGUCUAACUGUCUCACAGUUGUUUGUUACUCAAAUCACCACAAUGUUCACAAGCUGCACCGCAGCGUAGUCUAACGACCCUCACUGCUGUUUCACCGACCUCAUAUUCUUAUAAUUUUGCUGCUUCUUCCUGAAUAUUCAGUAGGGAAACGCCAACAGCCUACACUAGUCGUACAGGGAACAAUUUUAAGGGAGGAGCCCUUUGUGGAUUUUAAUAUUUAGGCAUAUUGACUGAUUGAUAUAAUCGGUACUGAUUAUUCUUAUCAGUCAUACUCCGUAUUUGGUAUUUAUGUUUAGGAAGACAAAAAAGUAUUAGGAAGUCAUAUUGACCUUAACUCAUGUUAGCAAAAGAUUUAAAUAUAUAUAGUUCCAAAUAUCGUUAAAUAACUUUAAAGAACCCUGAUUGAGUUUAAAUCAAAUCAAAUAAGUAGCCUCCCUCAUUAAUUGAAAUCAUUAACAAAUUGAAAAUUUACAAUGCUGUAUAAAAAUCACUUAAUAUUUUUUUUUUUUUUUUUACAACAUACAGACAGACAAAAUAGUAAACACUCAACAGCCAUAUUGAAAUUGUACAAUAUUGUCAUCAUUAGCAAAAAGAUCCAGAGAUUUUUGGGAUAUCAUGAAAAUAUAUCCUUAACAAUAUUUUUAUGAUAAAUUAAUUAAAAUCCUAUUUGCUCUCUAUGACAAAAUUGUGGUCUCUUAUAUUGUACUUUUAUGUGGCAAAGACGGUUCACCGGUGUUUUAAAUAUCAUUGUUUAAAACUAAACCAUAACUUUCAUUGUUCAUUGUUUCUCUUUAUGAUUCCAUUGCAUUUUUACCAAAAAUUCAAAUUUUAACUUUUGAAUUAUAACUUUCAAGGGAGCAUUUAAGCUACUAUAUUGGCUAUAAGUAGAAAACAGAUAAUUUUCCCCAUUCUGAGCUUAUACGAGUAUAUUCAAGUAUUUUAUCUCAGGGAGUUUUUUACAGAAACAGUAGUGAAACCGCCUACAUCAAGCAAAGACUGGUGAUUUAGUCAAACUUUUUACACCAAUACAGUUCGUAUAGGAUUUUUGUUAUUUUAACAAUUAUUGUAAAGUUGUAAUUUUGCACAAACUGCAAAGGGAUACGGUAGCGUUUUUAACAUUGAAUCGUAUAUGUAAUGUUGUUGUCACAACCCUAAACCCCUAUCUAAGUGUGAUUACUUCCAUUUGGUUGUGUAAAAACCAGUGGCGUAACUAGGACUUGGCUUUGGGGGGAUGAAUCUGUGAAUUGAAGAGCAGAACAUACCGGGGGCGGAGGUAUGAAAUAAAUCUAAAUUUGAAUAAAUUAUAGGUAGGCUUGAUUUGAAAUAAAACAAUUGACUGCUGUAUUUCAAAAAAGUUAAAUUAUUGUUAUAUGUAUACUACAAAUUUUAUAGGGCUCAUGAGGGGGAUACCAACCCCUUGAUCCACCUCCUUAGAUACGUCACUGAAAAAAUAAUAGUUAUCGUUAUAACACUUAAAAAAGUUCUAUUAGUUAUUAUUAAGGGGAAUCUUUCAAUUUAAUUUAAUUAUAAAUUGUUCACGUUCAUAAUUAAAGCAAUAAUUAUUUACUGACAUUAUUCCUACUGUGUUUGUAUUUUUAAGUGUAGAUAUUACAAUUAAUAUUGUUCGUUUGAUUUGUUUAACUAGGCUAAACAACACGAUACCAUGUAGUGUAAUGAAAUACCAUUAAUUAAUACUGAUUUAACUUUUUUUAUUCAAGGCGACAUUAUUCAACACUUUUUUAAAUUUAAAUCUCAAGAAAAUAGGUCAAUAAACGGUUUCAAUAAUAUGAUUUGUAAAUGAACAUUGUAAUUGAAGUAUUACGGUAUAUUACAUUAACUAAUGAUUUAAUAUUAAUAAAAAUAUUAUUAGUGUAAACUGGACAAAAAUAGUGUGAUGGCGACUGAAGGGGUGUUGCCAUUUUGUUACUGACAAUCAGCUGUUUCCGCCAUGACAGUUAUGGUUACAUCUGUUUGAUUUACAUUUAGUCUGCAAAACAGAUGAAUGAAUUCAAAGUAUGGUACGUAUAUUUUUUACGGUAACAGUUUAUGAUGCAUUUUUAAUACAACAGACAAGACAAAUCAUUAAAAUUCUUUAAAUGUAAAUCUAGCAUAAUUGUUGGGCACAAGUAGAGGGGAUUUUAAACAGAGCCAACAUCGGACUAUUUUUGUGCAGGCUACUCUAGUAAUACUAUUUAAUUAAUUAGUACAAAAUACAACCUAGUUGUGUUACGUUGGGAUGUUAGACAUUAGUGGCACCAGCCAAUAAUAAAAUGUUAACUAUUGUAGAAUUUACCUUAACCUUUUUUGUGAUUUUUUCACCAUACUACUAAAACAAUACAAUAAUGACCUGUUCAAAACAUGCCAUUUUCAUGAGUUUAUAUCUUCAAACGCCAAAGUUAUAGUGUUCCAGGACAAUUAAACACUUAAUUUGGAUAGUGUUCUUGAUGUUCUUUACUGUUUAAUGUUAUAAUAUAUAAAAACAUUGAAGUCCACAAAUUAUCAGUAUUAUAAAUAUGUAGGUUAGAUCAAUUCUAUUGUAGCAUUUAUUAGUACAAGUUAUGUUGUAAAUUAAAAUAUUAAAAUUGUAAAAAA